CCACUGCUGGAAACUUCUGACCAACUCAUGCCAGCGAGUUACCCACGUCUAUCACUGCGGGGGCAGACGGGACCGUACGAAGCUUUUGAUCACUCAGCAAAAUGCCAUCUUACCCGAAACUCAACCAGUUUGCUGACCUGGAAGAGAUGAUGUGCAAGCAGUUACUCAGUCUCGACCUGAGCGAGCCAAACAGACCGCUGCCAUCCCUCAGUCUGGCAACGAGAACACCAGGUUACAUCGGUCAGCCACGUAGCAGCACAUCAUUUUCCCUCUCGUCUCUUUCAUGCCUCCCCACUGAUCCUUCAGACAAUGUAUUUCUGACCUCCAACCAAUGGGGGCAGCAGUCAGAAAGUCCUCUGCCCUCCCAGCUUGCAAAUUCCUCCCAGUGGGGAAAGUCAGGCUUCCUUGCCCAGCGCUCUGUCAGCAUGGUAGAGACCAGCAGCACCACAGCAGCAAGUCUAGGCUGGCCCAGGACUGACAUAAAGCCCCCCCAAAGUGACAUCAGCCCCACUGCACUGAACACUAUCUCCUCAUCCACCUCCUCUUCCUCAUCACGCUAUAAGACUGAACUGUGUCGUUCUUUCACUGAGAACGGGUUGUGCAAGUAUGGUGGCAAGUGCCAGUUUGCCCAUGGGCCAGAAGAGCUGCGGGAUCUUAACAGACAUCCAAAAUACAAAACUGAGCCGUGUCGUACGUUUCACACCAUCGGCUUCUGCCCCUACGGGAUCCGCUGCCACUUUGUCCACAACAAUGAGGAGGAAAAGAAGCACUCCUUCUCUCGCUCCUCCUCCUCCUCGUCCUCCUCCUCCUCAAGCAUUCCCCACCAGCCACCUUGCUCCUCCCGCACGCACAGACCACCUCUCGUCAGACAGAGCUUCAGCUUUGCUGGGUUUCCCUCUGCUCCUCAGCAAGCCCUUCAGCAUGCCCUUACUGCUCAUCCUCCUCCUGCCACCGCCUCUUUCACUCCUGCCCCCUCAGCCUCUCUUCCAUCCUGCGCUGACAUCUCUGACCUCCUCUCUCAUGCCUUCCUGGAGAUGGACUCUGCCUUCGAGGCCUCCCCUGCCCACCAGUACCAACCACCUGUGGGCCAGGCCACUGCAGCAGAUCCCCGGUCUCCCUUCCUGCCUUCCCCAGACUCUGGCUGCUCUCCUUGCGGGCUCUCUCCGACUGGCUCCCCUUCCCUGAGGCAGAGUCCCAGUGGUACUGGAGUCUUCUCAGGUCCACUGGGUGCCAGAUCCCUGUCUUACACCUCUCUGUCAGACCAGGACCAAGAUGGAAGCAGCUCUGCUAGUUCCCUCAGUGGCUCCGAAUCCUGUGGUGGCAUUAAUGAAAGCAACGGCAGACGUCUGGCAGUAUUCAGCCAGCUCUCUGUUCCUGAGGAUGCUACUGGGUUCUGCCUUUAAGCUGCAGUGUGCCGGAACACACACUUGCAUACAUUCAGACCGAGACCGCAACACAAUAUAUGCAGCACACACAUAUCCAAGCUCAAGCACACACUAUGCUUAUACAUUGACACACAUAAAUGCACAUUCCCCUCUCACACACUGCCAUUGGGCUGACACCUCAGACAUUCUUUGCACCUGUGUGGCGUCAAAGGAAAUAAAGACUUUAGUGACUGACUCAGAACGCUGAGAGAGAUUUGCCUGAGAUUUAGGUGGCUGAAAUGCCACUGUCAUGUGCUUAAGGGAAGCCACAGUGAUGCUUAAAGUAAAAUGUGUGUUGCCACCAAAACAGACUUCAUACCAAGAGAAGUGUCUAAUAGUGCCAGAAGUGUUUGAUGCUUUAUCAAAAUAGUAUGUCGAGACGACAGAUUGCAAGAAAGAUAUUGUAAUCACAGUGUGAUUGGCCUCAGUGCCUGUCUUUUGUUUAGUCCAGACACUCUAUUCAUAUUUACAAUCAGCAUCUUCAGAGUGAUCUAAAGAAUGUGAUAAAGCCAAAGACUUCUGUUUGUAGCUCAGACUUUUUGAUUAUGGUGGGACGAACACACAAUGUGACCUAUGUUAAGGAGUUUUUGUUUUUCUAUUAACUGUACACAUAAUUGUCUUGAUAAGCUGGUGAAACUGCCCCCCCCAAACACAUAACCUGUACAGUACGGGGUUAUGUUUAGAUCUUUGGCCUCGAACCUGAAUGUUACGUUUUUAAACAACUUAAGUGCCUGUAGCGUUAUUUAACAGGUCAAGUUAGUGUUAAACCAAGCUUUGCUGGGUUGUUAGGAGGGGUGUGAGUAUUUUUUUUUUUUUUUUUUUUUUUUAGUCACAUAAGCUAGAGUGAGUUCAGGUCUUUAGGAUGUUAAGAUUACUACUAAGUUGUUUCUCUGUCUCUCAUGUGUUGUUGACAAACUGCCACCAGGAAAAUGCCAAUUUACCAAAUUUAACUUGCUCUAAUAAGCAAAAGAAGAGGGACUCAGUUUGAGCUUCCAACAAAAGCCAAAAUCCCAUGUUCAUGACAUGUUGUUAUAUCUUUGAAUCGCCAACUGGGAAAACAGGACAUGGGUAAUUUGAUUGAUACGUAAAGUGUGCCAGCACAAACAACAGCCUUUGCAGAAAAUCAGUUUACAGUGGGAAAAAUGGAUGAAAACCUAAAUGAGGUGCCAUCACAGUAUUUUGCAGCUUAUUUUGUGUAAUCUGAUAUUAUGUGAGCUUAGCUUGGGCUCGCUCCAGAAGUAAAGUUUAAUCAAGUCAAAUGACUUCUUCAUGAAAGUCCUGUUUUUACCUCUGGCAGGUUUUCUAAAAAACAUUUGUGGUGCUAAUAUGUAUUUUAGAUGAUCCUAAACACAAACAUUCCAAGGAGUGGGAUGUUUUUUUUUUUCCUCCCUUGUCCACAGGCAGCACUCCUGUUACAUUUUUGAUGAAUAUUCGUGCUUGUGUGACCCUCACCCCACCAUCUUCCAUCUUUUUGUCAUUCAGUAUUAAUUCUUACCGUUACAGCUUUCUACUGUUAUGAAUGUGAAGCGCGGCCACAUCCAUGUAUACUGUGAUCCCUGGUCUGUUGCCUUACUGUGCUAGAUCCCGCAUAGUGUAGGGUUAGGGUAUGUAUGCUUAGUGUUUUAGAAAUGUUACUUGGCUGUUUUGUGUGUUUAUGAUGUAGUUUGUUAGAAAAGCAGACACUGUGCAGUUACUGGUCUAUUUAAAAUUGCCUUUUCAUCAACAUGUUUGAGACCUGUUCAGGGGUAAAGGCAUCUUUAGUAAAUUAAUUUCUUUAAUUUAUUUUAACGUAUUUAUAGAUGACUUUGAGUUGUUAAUGCUUGUAUCAAGUUUAAUAUAUUUGGGUUUCUUUUGCUUUUUUUGUACU